AUGAGUAGCGAAUCAAGAACAGAACUAAUCGCGUGGAUGAACGACUUGUUGCAAAUCAACUAUACAAAGGUUGAACAAUGUGGAACGGGCGCGGCUCAUUGUCAAAUAAUCGACUCCGUAUUUGGGGAUGUUCAAAUGCAAAAAGUUAAGUUUAAUGCGAGACAUGAAUAUGAGUAUGUCUCAAAUUUUAAAGUGUUGCAGACAGCUUUCGACAAACACAAAAUUGAUAAGAUGAUUCCUGUCGAACGACUUGUUAAAUGUAAAUUUCAAGAUAAUCUUGAAUUCUUACAAUGGAUGAAGAAAUAUUGGGAUACGUACUAUCCUGGUGGACCUUAUGACGCCUUAGCAAGGCGUGGUGGACAAGCAGGAGUUGUAAAAUCAGUAGCAGGUGGUGGCGCCGCUAAGACCAUGGCAAAAAGGACCACUGCCGCUGGUUCAGCAGGACGAAUGGCAUCUUCAUCAUUACAUGAAUCCAAUCAAUCAGCUUCAAUGAUGAUUGAAUUAAACAAACAAGUAGAUGAACUCAAAGUUACCGUAGAUGGUCUCGAAAAGGAACGUGAUUUUUACUUUGGAAAACUUAGAGAUAUCGAAAUCCUGGUUCAACAACAACUCGAUGUCGAACCUGAUAAUCAAUUAUUGAAAGAAAUUCAAGCCAUUCUUUAUAGCACAGAAGAUGGAUUUGAAGUUCCACCCGAAGGAACAGCUGAAGCAGAAGUAUAUGAAGAUGAUACAUUUUAA